UGUUACUUAAGCAAUGAAAAUAAUAUAUUUAGUAAUUACUGGUCUAAUCCUUCUUGGAGUAGUUUCUGUGCAAUCGGAGAACUGCACCAAGUUUUGUACAAGAAUUUACGAUCCUGUAUGUGGAUACAAUGGAGAAACCUACAAAAAAUAUGCCAGUACCUGCCAUUUGGAAUCAGACCAAUGUAAGACUGGAAAGGUUAUAGAAAGUGUUUUACUCGAGAAGUGCUCUGAUCGGGAUUCAUCUUAACCACAUGCUAAAUUUCAAAUGGCGUAAUUCAACGACAAAGAUUAAACUAUUACAAUAUAAUGAAGUAGUGAGGUGUGGAACAACUGAAUUGUAUGUGAAAAUGCAGAUAAUCAAAUAUAAUUAAUAUAAUGAGAACA